GGUGAGGGGGUUUCCUAAACAGACAGGACCGGGAGGCAUGACUGGUAGCCAUGGCACAUACACCUUAAUAACUCAGUAAGCCAGCCGAGCAGGUAGGCCACCAGCCAGCCAACGAGCCAGCCAUGCAGGUAGGCAACCACACCCUCUCAGGGUUUCGGCUUGGUUUGAGGGGGUGUGGUUAGGAGCCUCCCAGCCCUCCAUGCACACACAGGAGGAGCGCUGUUCACCUGAGAGGCAGGACCAGCUGCUACCUCAGACUUCACUAACGACGCACCAGGCUACAGGUGUGACUGGCUCCCUGCACACCAGGCUUCUCACCAAAAGGAUCUCCCAGGCAACAGAACACCAGACCUCCGGAGGGUUCCGGACACUCAGCUACCCGUCCACCGGAGGACGAGAUAUGGCAGAGCAUGGAGUAACUGGCUACUAAGGAAUUCUUCCUGCUGAAAAAGGUUAUUUGAGGAGGAGAGAUCAGGUCAAAGAGGGUUCUGGAACAGAUCAGUGACUCAGCGGACAAUCCGAGUUUCACAACUCCCAACAUCAGAAUCAGGAGUGACAGGUGUGACCUAACCCUGUUCAGAGUUCCACACCCUCCUCCGAAAUUCCAGCGCCAUGAAUGUAUCCCUGGACAACCCUUACGGCAACGUGACCAUCCCCCGUGCCAAGCUGAAGACCGCAGACGACAGCACGGUCAUCGUUAACCCCAUGGCCCUGGAGUCCACAUACAACGCCAAGUCCUCCCAAAACCCGUACGCAGCCGACCCCGGGGCGAACGGCGAGUCGGCCCAGGGCCCGCCCGGGUACGAUGGCAGGAAGUCGUACACGGUGAGGGACGACGAGGAAGAGGUGGGCCGCUGUCCCGCCUGCUGCUACCGCUGCAGGCGGAAGAAGUGAACCGUCAACCCCCUCCUCCCCGCCACGGCCCUGUCCCAACACUCCAGGACUGCUUCCUCCAUCCCUCAUUUCCUUCCUCCCUUUCUUCCCUCCUGAAGAUGACUUCUGUCGUCAUGCCGUCAGAUCGUGUCCGAUCAGGGAUCUCACCCAGGGAGGGAGGGAGGGACGGAGGAAGCCUUGUCAUUCCACCAGGAUCUGGAGCAAGCCUGCCACCAUAAACCUCUCCUGGGAAGCCACAGACGGUGACGGAACAAGGACGACUCUGUCCAGCAUGCUGUUGCCAGGGUACAACACAGGCUAUCUCAGAGGCAGUGGCCAAUGGGCCAUUUCUCUGAUCCCAUAAUAGAGAAAACUGAAGAAGAUCAAAUGGAUGUAAGCCUGCAACAUGGCACUCUCACAAAGAUGUUACAAAAGCCCCUGACUUAACAAAGACUCUAUUUUUGUCUGGUAUCUCUGUCAACAUGACAUGUCAACGUGUCCUUUAUUCAGCAAAUGAAAAUGUUUAUUUAUAACUCAGCACUUUUUGAUUUGAGGAAGUGUUUCACCCUGUCAGUGAUUGUAUGAUGUCAGGACUGCUGUGACUGACCCAAAUAUGGGUAGAUAUGAAGCACCUGUCUGGUUUAAAUGUGUGGAAGACAGUUCAGAACCAUUGGAAGUAAAUGAAGUAAAUAUCCGACUUAGAGAACAGCUACGUUGUUGCUCAUUAGUGAGUAAUACUGGAACCAACCCAUUAUUGACCUUCUGGAUCUAAAAAGAGAACAAGCGGAACCGGGGGAGGGAGAUUACAUUUAGCAAGAGAGAUCAAACUGAAUGUGUCGGUUUCUGUUUUGUUCCUUCUUGAAACGAAACAGAGAGAGAGAGAAAGACACAAUGAUGCCUUUGUCAGAGUCGGCAUACAAUACCAGAGGCCUCUCUGAGAGUGUGUGUGUGUUUGUGUAUGCGUGCGUGCAUGCUUGGUAGACAGCCCCUUACUGUGGACAAACAUGAUACCGAGAGGCCUGAAGAUGAACUUAAAUCAGCGCUCGGUUAUUCUGACCAUGUCUUACUGAGUUUUAUGUAUCUUUCCUGGUUUACCCUGGGUCAAUAUUGAUCCCUGCAGUAGAACAAGACUGCCUGGCCUGUGUAUCUCCUCUAGUACCUCCUCCUCAGCUCCUCAAGGAGGAGGCACUGAGGCCCUGCUUGCAUGGCAGACAGUCUGUUCUCACUGUCGAGCACCAUCGCGCUCCAAGCAAGGUGCUGUAUAUCCCAUCCUAGCUCCAAGGAUAUAUAUACGUCUAUCCCCAAACGCACAACUUCAAAUGUUUUUAUGAUGAAGCUGCAGCUGCUGAUUAAAUAAAAAUGCAUCUUUGAAUCGA